GUGUGAUGUGGUUUUGUUUUAGGGAGGUUUUAAAACAGCCCCCAAAGCCCACCCGAUACCCCCUUUAUCCCCCAAAUCAAAACCCAUCAAUGUCGACGAGUACCGCCGAGGAGACGGUGGAAGGGCUGCACCUUCUAGGGCAACCGACCUUCACGGAGCUCGACAAUGGCCGCUUCCGCUGCGUUGAGACUGGUCACGAAGUUCUUGCCAAGGAUAAGGACUCUUAUUCUCGGACCAAACGCUGCCGUCUUGGCCUUGUCGAUUUCGCUUUGUCCCGUCGGAAAGCUCCUCUCAAUAUGUUCGAGCAGGACCCUCUCUCUCGUUCGAAGCUAAAAUGCAAACUGACUGGUGAUACGAUCAACAAAACAGAGGAACAUAUAUGGAAGCACAUCAACGGCAAACGAUUCCUCAACAAAUUAGAGCAAAAGGAGUCAGAGAAAGAUUCAAUGGCUAAAUCAGGAGAGCAGCAAAGCAAGAAGAAGGCCGCCAAGGAGUUGAAGCCAAGUACAGAAAAUUCAAAGAAGAAGAAGAAGAAGAAGAAGAAGGAACAGGAGGAGACUAUUUCUGAAGCUCAGGAAUGCAAUGGGGAAAGUGAUCCGGAGGAUGCCUUCUGGAUGCCUCCAGUAGGGCAACGUUGGGAUAAUGACAAUGGAGGAGACCGAUGGGCUUCAGGAUCAGAUUUGGAGCAUGAAAGUGAUAAAAUCAUUGCAAUGGAUGACGAGGAUGAUAAAGAUGAACACGGUGGAAACAAGUCAGAUGAAGAUAAACACCAUGAAAAUGAGUCAGAUGAAUUGUCUAAGCGUACCAAAAGAAUGUCGAUAGAGAUUGGACCCAGCAGUUUUGCUUCAAGAAAGAAGAAGAGUAAGAAAAGCUCUACGUGAACAAUAUUUCUUCUCCCCAGCAAUCCUACUAUAUCCAGGUUGCUUGGGCAUGCACAGACGCCUCCACUCGCAAUAUCCGGUAUGCUGCAUCUUUCAUUGGUGCCGACUUUUCCACCUUUAGCUUCUGCUUAUUUAAUCACCUUUGUUUUAUCAUCUUCCGUAAUGGUUUUGCUCUUUUCUUAGCUUUAGCCUGAUUUUCUUGAUAGCUUUCUGUAUAACAAGCAAAUUACAUAUUUAUUACAUUUCUCACUCUCUGUCCCUAUUCUUUCGACUGUAGAGUGAUUCAAACUUUACAAUAUUUUGGUUGGAAUACAUUAUUUUAUUGAGUAA